GUACUUCUUAUCGCAUAAUAAUUUUAUCGAUGCAUAUCUACAAGUGUGCAAAACAGAAAUGUACAAGAAUGUACAAAAUGUAUUCUCUUUAGCUAUAUGUACAUUUAUCACAAUAUCUUUGCAAAUACAACCAUCCAUCUAAUGGUUUUUCUCUAGAAGUUCUCUAGAAGCAAAACAUGUUAAUCAUGCGUGGAAAAAUGAUGUUACAGAAAGUUAUAUUUUAUGUAAAGUUAAGUUUGUCUCCAACUUGGUGUUGGCCACUAUCAAAAGAUGCUACAAGAUUGGAAAUGAUCUGUGUGAAACUAUAUCAUUAUUUAAGCAUUAUUUUAGCAAUAAUAUCACAACCACCAUUGAUAUAUACUAUCAGAAAUCAUCUUGACGACUUUUUAAUUUUAGUAGAAUGUAUUCUUCAACUAAGCAGCACUAUUCACAGUAUAGCAAAUUUUAUCUUCUACAGAAUUAAUAAACAUCGUAUACAGUAUGUCACUUUCGAAAUGAUACAUUUUUCUGAAGUGAUUAAGCCACACGAAGAUAUAAUUAUUCAACGAUACGUUGAUAAAUGUGUUAUAUUUCACGGUGCAUCUAUAUUAACGUUCUAUGUGGCUGCGUUAAUAGUCAUUAUUGGUAUACCUAUUCUAACGAAUCAACCGUUUCCAAUGUUAGCUGAAUAUCCAUUUAAUACACAUUAUCACCCGUUAAAAUCUAUUAUAUAUCUGCAUCAUAGUGUGGUCGGAAUGCACAUAACAGCGCAAUUAUGUACCAAUGUUUUCAUGGCUCUUUUACUUUGGUUUACAUCCGCAAGAUUUGAGAUGUUGACCGAUGAGUUACGGGAAACCUCCAAUGUAUAUCAUUUGGCCAAGUGUAUUAGAAAACAUCAGUUCUUACUCAAAUAUGCAACUGAAAUUAUUCUUGCUGUUCGUCCUUUCGCACUAAUAGCUAUAUGUUGUAGUACAGUUUGCAUGGUGAUACUCUGUCUUUUAUUUCUUUCCAAUCAAUCAACAGGAUUUCUGAUAAUAGCCAAAAUUAUCGGUUUAAUUUUAAGCGGCUUAUCAGAAGUAUUUAUGUAUACAUGGCCAGCAGAACAUUUAAUUUACAAAAGCCAAGAUGUCGCACAAGCAGCGUUCGAUACACCGUGGUACGAUCGAUCAAUUGAAGUACGCAGAUGUCUACAAAUUAUUAUACGAAGAAGUCAAAAACCAUUAACGAUUGCAAUAGCUUGUAUUAUGCCUACAUUAUCUCUCAGUUAUUUUGCAUCGUACUGUUCGUCUAUAGUCUCUUUUUUCACAACGUUUCGAAUAUUUUUAAAUGAUGAAUAUGUUUUUUAUUGUACAUCUCAGAUAUUGACAGCUGUUUCAGUUGGCCAUAAGAUGUCGAGAAAGCUAACACUAGAAAAUGUUAUCACUUUUACAAAAUUGAGUUUAGUUAUAUCCCUUUCAUGGCCACUACCGGCAACCGCUACGAAGCGACAAGUAGUUCGUUUUAGGUUGUUACGUUUUUUAACUUACAUGAACAUAUGGUGUCUUUUUGUACCGUUGUCCAUGACCCUUCAAGAUUGGAGUGAUCAUUCCGACAUUUGCAUCAAAUCGAUCCCAUUAAUCGCUGGUAGUGCUCAAGCUUUUAUAGAGAUGUGGAUAUGUCACGGACAACAUAAACAUCUCCAAUUAUUAAUCGCUGAAAUGGAAAGCUACUGUAAACAUGCUAUAGGUUACGAAAAAGAUAUCUUACAACAGUAUGUCGACAGAUACGCGAUGUUUUAUGCUACAGCUGCGAUGUGGUUUUAUCUAACAGCGUUUGCUGUUGUGUGCAGUCCACCAUUUUCAUCUGAUACUUUCCCAACGUAUGCUAAAUAUCCAUUCAACGUAAAUUAUCAGCCAUUGAAAACAGUCAUUUACGUACAGCAGAGUACUGUUGGCAUACAGAUGGCAUCAGUUUUAUGUAUCAAUAUUCUUAUUGCACUUUUACUUUGGUUUGCUUCAGCUAGGUUUGAUAUGUUGUGCAAUGAAUUACGAAUGAUAUCAAAUGUUUACGAACUGACACAGUGCAUUCGGAAGCAUCAACAAGUGUUAAGAUAUGCAAAUGAUGUAACUCACUCUGUUCGUUUUUUGGUUCUGACAAUAGUAGGAUGUAGUGCAGCGGCAAUACUAUUCGUCGGUCUCACUCUUGUCAGUCUUCAACAACCUUUAAUUAUCAAAAUGCAGUUUUGUGUGCUAAUUUUCACCUGUCUUUCUCAAGUAUUUAUGUGCUGCUGGCCUGCUAAUAAUCUACUAGUUGCAAGUUCAAAUAUUGCUCUAGCAGCUUAUGAAUCGUUAUGGUAUUCUCGCAAUGUAUACAUGCAAAAAAAUUUGCUUCUCAUUUUAUUACGAUGCCAGAAACCAGUUGCUGUAACCGUCACCUGCAUUAUACCAGUUUUAUCCUUAAGAUACUUUGGUUCGUAUAUUUCAACGGCUUUUUCCUAUUUCACGACUUUAAGAGUGAUGUUUGAAGAAAAUAAAGUUUGAUUAUA